AACUUUUCUUGAAACAAUUGUGUCAAGGUCAAGUAAACGAAAAUGAAAGGGAGGAUUUUUGUAAUCUUUUAUUUUCCCCACUAUAAAACAAAGUCAAUAUGUAAGCGUGUAAUCCAUUCUUCUCUCUAAAAAAAUAAAUUAAUACUAAAAUCUCACUUUCAUCAAAUUGGGGGAAAAUUCUAGAUAUGGGCGAUUCAGUUGUGGCCGAUCCACCACCUUUGACGUCGGGGGAAAUGGCGGCGAAUCCUGCCGGAGAAUUUGACGGUCUUCCAGUUCCACCUUUUGAUGGUAAUUUUUUCGCUCAACAAAUGACGUCAGCAGAUCACAAUGAUUUUCCGAUUGAAUUCCAGCUUGAUGAUAUCGAUUUCGAUCUGUCGUUCGAUGAUUUUUUUCAGAAUCCUUGUGAUGGUAAUUUGCCUGAUGUUCUCGGGUCGGAUCCGGGUCUGAUUGACCCGAAUAGCUUCGGUAAAAUCGGGGAUUUUGAUUCCUCCUUCGAUGAUUGUCUUAAGGAACCUCCGGGUUCGAAUUUGGGGCACAUGGACCCUUAUUGCUUUGGCCAAAUUGGGGAUUUUGACAAUAUUGAUGAAUCUUCUGGAAAUGUUAAGCUGACGUCAACAGAUACGUCAUCGCCGGAGCUUUAUCAGAGUUCGAGCAGCUCUGGGGUUUUGAAUGAACAGGGUUCUACCGAUGUUUUCGGGUACUUGAACGUGUCAUCACCGGUGUCGAAUGGAUCGAACAACAAAGAUUUGAGCGACGUGAAGGUUAAGGCUUUGAAUUGUCAUUCACCGGAGUCGCAGGGUUCAGGGCAUUGUGGUUCAAAUCUCUCAGAAGGGCUGAAUUAUCAAUCUGAUUCGAAUAAAUCGGUACAUUCUUCUCCGAAUUUAGGUAAUAAUUCUAUGAAAGGUGUUGUUGUUGAACAGAAAUUUAAAGUUGAGCGUGUUAAUGCUGGUAUAAGUAAAUGUAGCUCGAUAUUGAAGAGGAAAAAGUGUAGUGAAGAUUCGAAUAACAUAAACAAAAUCCAAAAGUCUAAUACUUUUUCUUUGAGUGAUAAUGUUAAUAGUGAAGAGGAUGAAAAGAGGUUAGCUAGAUUGAUUAGGAAUAGGGAAAGUGCUCAUUUGUCGAGGCAAAGGAAGAAGCAUUAUGUUGAGGAAUUAGAGGAUAAAAUUAGGAUGAUGCAUUCGACAAUUCAAGAUUUGAAUGCUAAGGUGUCGUAUGUAAUGGCGGAAAAUGUAACUCUAAGGACACAGCUUGGGGGUGCUGGUGUACCUCCUCCAGUGCCGCCACCACCGGGGAUGUAUCCCCAUCCUCCUGUGAUGUAUCCGUGGAUGGGAUAUACGCCACCUUAUAUGAUGAAGCCACAGGGAUCACAAGUGCCCUUGGUUCCCAUUCCGAAGUUGAAAUCUCAGGCCGCAGCGCCUGCGCCAAAAAGUAGCAAGAAAGUGGAGAAAAAGAAGAGUGAGGUGAAAACUAAGAAGGUUGCUAGUAUUAGCUUCCUUGGUGUGUUGUUCUUCAUGGUGCUCUUUGGUGGGUUGGUUCCUUUAUUGAAUGUGAGAUAUGGAGGUGUGAGGGAACCAUUUACAAGUGGAGAUUCUUUUGGGAGUGGAUUUUCCGAUAAACAUCAUGGAAGAAUCUUAACUGUUGACAGGCCUGUGAAUGGGACUGGUUAUUCUGGGAAAUCCGGUGGAAAAGAUCAUAGCUCACAUUGUGGCCGGGGUGAAAGCCCUGUAGAUGAAUUUGUUCGCAUGGGCAAUGGUAGUGAUCCUCUAGCAGCCUCUUUGUUUGUCCCGAGGAAUGAUAAACUUGUUAAGAUUGACGGGAACUUGAUUAUUCAGUCUGUAUUAGCAAGUGAGAAAGCCAUGGCAUCUCAUGGAAGUGCUGAUAAGAACAAUAGAGGGACCGGCCUCGCGGUUCCUGGAGAUUUAGCCCCUGCUAUUCCCGGAACCCAUCCUCGCCUUUAUCGAAGUCCUGCACAAAGGGCUCUUGGAACUGGGGAGGAGGAGAAUGGAAAGUCAACUAUGCAGCAGUGGUUCCUUGAAGGUGUUGCUGGACCUUUGUUGAGUUCAGGCAUGUGUACAGAAGUGUUCCAGUUCGAUGUGUCAUCUUCUGCUCCAGGAGCCAUAGUUCAUGCUACCAAUGCUAGAAAUGUGUCUAUGGAAGAAAGUCAGAACGCCACACGCAUCCACAGAAAUAGAAGGAUCCUCAAUGGUCCUUCCGUUUCCCUUUCUAGUCCCUCUCACAACAUUUCUGAAGAACAGAAUGGAACAGGUGGUAAGCAAGAGAACUUCACCGGGAACAAGUCACUUUCUUCCAUGGUAGUAUCUGUUCUGGUUGAUCCAAGAGAGGCAGGUGAUGCCAAUGGUGAUGGUAUCAUGGGUCCGAAGUCCCUCUCUCGGAUAUUCGUUGUUGUGCUGAUCGACAGUGUCAAGUAUGUCACGUAUUCUUGCAUGCUUCCCUUUAAAGGAUCUACUCCUUUAGUGACUACCUGAAGAUAUAGAGCGUUCAUGUAGCAGAAGCGUCAUUGAUAACCAAUUUUGUAGAUAGCAUAAGAUCUACUGAUAGUCUUCACUGUUUACAUAGCUUCAAUAUAUGUAAUAGUAUUUUACUUAAACAGCUAUCAUUAACUUAUGUGUUCUUCUAUGUGUGUAAUAUGUUUCUGCAAUAAUACAUUAUGCUCCUUAGUUAUCGAAAAAAGAAAGUGAACGUUCAUUAAGCUCUA